AUGAAGAUCCUCAUCUGCGGCGGAGGCAUCGCCGGCAAUGCACUUGCAUUUUGGCUUUCAAAGACUGGCCAUGAUGUUACAAUACUCGAGCGUUUCACUGAGCUACGAGCCACUGGUCUACAAGUAGACCUUCGUGGGUUUGGAAUCCAGGUGUUAAAGCGCAUGGGUCUCGAACAAAAGUUUCGCGAGAAAACGGUGAAGGAAGAAGGGCUGGAUAUAGUCGAUGGGAGCGGGAGAUCGAAGGCUUACUUUCACGCGAAUCGCACGGGGAAAGGAAUCCAGAGCCUUACAACCGAUUACGAAAUCAUGAGGGGGGACCUAUGCCGCCUGAUUUACGACGCCGCCUCUCGUAAUGCGACCAAGUAUCGUUUCGGAACAUCUAUCAAGAGCUUCGAACAGCUGGGGGGCUCUAUCAGAAUUCUGUUCACCGACGGAAAACAGGAAGAAUUCGACCUAUUGGUUGGUGCCGACGGCCAAUGGUCGCGAACACGUCAGAUGAUGCUUGGGACUGACAAAGCUGACCCCAUCACCCUACUCGGUGUCUAUAUAGCUUAUUUCACGAUGCCAUCACCGAUACGAGUAGGCGAAGUCUUUGAGAACAAAUUGUUCAUUGCGACGGGGAAACGCUUCAUCUCUUGCCGAAGGCAUGCCAAAGAUCGGGUACAGGGCUACUUGGGUUGCGCAGCAAGCACAGGUCGCCUGGACGAUGUGAAGAAGGGCGAUGUCAAGGCUGAAAAGGACGCAGUGGUUGAGAUGUUCAAGGAAGCAGGUUGGCGAACGGAUGAGCUGCUCGAGGCCAUGGAACGCUCCGAUGAUUUCUAUUGCGAGAGAAUGGGCGUUGUCAAGAUGGAAACUUGGUCGAAGGGUCGAGUGGCUCUCCUAGGAGAUGCCGCCUAUUGCCCUUCAGCGACUACCGGAAUGGGCACUACGUCUAGCAUGGUCGGCGCAUACAUUCUCGCAGGUGAACUCAACUCGUACAGUCAACACCGCGAAGCUGGGAACGGUGCCAACAUUGAUGCUGCAUUGAUGGAUUACGAAAGGAAAUUUCGACCUUUCAUGGAUCAGGUCCAGCGUGGGCUCUUCCCAGGGACAACAUAUUUCCACAAGUCGCCAACCACGGAAUUUGGUAUUAUGAUUCUUCGGUUUGUUUUGGGUAUCAUUGCCUUCUUCAACCUAGACACUUUCACCAAGUAUACCCUCCGUGAGGAGGUCACGGAUUGGCAACUUCCAGAGUAUAGUGGACUUCUUGAAUAG